AUGUCAAACACUACGAAAACUGUCCUCGUCAUUGGCGGCACAGGAGCACAGGGAGUGCCCGUUGUAAAAGCAUUGGCAUCUGAUUCCAAAUAUGCCGUUCGCGUUAUCACCAGAAGCGCGUCCUCGGCGGAAGCUCAAGAAUUGGCGAAACUGCCAGGAGUGACCAUUUUCGAGGGCGACUCCUACCACGAGCCUACCCUUCGUGAAGCGUUCAAGGGCGUUUCGUACGUUUUUGCCAACACCAAUGGGUUUGCCACGGGUGAAAUGGCCGAGAUCUAUUGGGGUAUUCGACUGUAUGAACUGGCCAGAGAAUUUCGCAUCGAGCAUUUUGUCUAUGCCGGUCUUGAGUAUGCCACCAAGCUGGGCAACUACGAUCCCAAGUAUCGAACGGGCCAUCUUGACGGUAAAGGCAAAGUCGUUGAUUACAUCGCCGCCCAGUCUACGACCCCGAUGGCGUGGUCCGUCCUAACCUCGUGCUUGUAUAUCGAAGGUCUCACAGAGAUCCUUCGGCCGUUCCCGGAUCCCAACGACCCCAGUACCAUGGUCUUCGCGGUCCCUCUUGGCGAGGGAGAAUGCCCUCUCAUCUAUCUUGAGGACUACGGUGCCUACGCCCGCUGGUUGUUUGACAACCCCUCUCGAAGCAAUGGACUCGAAUUGCAUGUCGCUACAGAGGACAUCGCAUGGAAGGAUCUCGCAGCGGCCUUUACGGAAGUCACCGGCAAGAAGGCGGUUUACAAGGACGUGACUUUGGACGAAUAUUUCAAGUUGGGCAUUUUCCCUGAACCAGACGCCAAGGUGGGCCAUUCUGCCAAUCCCAAUGAACCAACGCUCUUCACAUUCCGCGAGAACUUUUCGGGAUUUUGGAAUACUUGGAAGGAUAAUUUGACCAAGCGGGAUUACAAGCUUCUUGAUGAGAUCUUGCCGACAAGGGUGAAGAGCGUGAAGGAAUGGAUGGAGAGGACUGGCUAUGACGGCAGCUUUGCGUCAGUCUUGAAAGACUAUCGCAGCCAGGACCGCAAUACCAAGUAA